AUGAGAGGUGGACUCCGUAUCGCAGGGUUUUGCGUCUCGUGUCUUGUUCUAUUCUCACUAUAUCUACUCGAGGCGCAUCUACAAGACAUCUGCAAUCAAUAUCGCGCUGGCGCGUAUGUGAUUAAUUGGCUAGAUCGCAAUGACACCGCCUCAACUCCACAUGGCGACACGACACCUGGUGAUAAGGUGAUUGUCAUGGCCAAGCUAGAAGAAGAGAAUACCGAAUGGGUGGAAGAAGAGCUUCCCGACUGGCAACGGGCAAUCUACACCGUCAACCCCUCACACGAGACACGACUAAAUCCCAAUGUUCUUACGACCCCAUUGAACAAAGGCCACGAAGCCAUGGCCUACUUCACGUAUAUAAUCGAUUUCUACAACAAUCUUCCCUCGACCGUCGCCUUUCUCCAUGCCCACCGCGCAGGCUUCCUCAUGGCCUGGCAUGUCGAUGCGCCACUCCACGACAACGUCAUAGCCAUGCGCAACCUACAACUCGAUUUCGUCCAACAGAACGGUUAUGUGAAUCUUCGCUGCAAUUGGAAUCCCGGCUGCAAGGGCGUCCACCGCUUCAAUGGCCAUGUCACCGAGCAGGUUUGGAUGGAAGUCUUCGACGGCACGAGUACGCCUCCGUUGAAUGCCUCCUCAACCACGGAUCAGGAGUUCCCGGGCCAGAAAUAUCUCCGCAAGCCUGCCGAGAUUGGCGCCGCAUGCUGCGCGCAAUUCGCUGUCUCGCGAGAGCAGAUUCAGAAGCGGCCGCUGGAGGAUUAUAUUAGGUUCCGCCAAUGGGUUAUCGAUACGGAGCUUAGCGAUGCUAAGUCGGGGAGGGUGAUGGAGUUCUUGUGGCAUGUAAUUUUUGGCAUGGAAGGGGUAUAUUGUCCCGAUGAACAAAUAUGUUAUUGUCGAGUCUACGGGCAGUGUUAA